AUGUUGCAUAAUAAAAUCCCAGCGCCGCUUAUUGCUAGAAUUCUAAGAAAGGAUCAAUCCAGAUUUCCAGACCAUAAAAAGCAAGCAAUAAGAAUGCUGCCGUAUGGUUAUCAGUUGAGUCCUAAAAGAAUAAAAAAUUCGUGGUCUCAACACUGUCUUGACUUAAUGUUAGUUCUCUCAGGACAAAUUUAA